UUGAUGAUGAUGUGUAAAAACUCAGUGAAGAUGGAAGAUUGACUGAAGAAGAAGAGACAAGGAAGGUGGGUUUAGCGAAUUGUGUUUAAGGUGUUUGUUUUAAUGCCGAAGGAGGGAGGUUGGAGCACUCGCUCGGCAGAUUUAUGCAAGGUAUGGAUGAGUAAAGGAGAAGAUCAAGAGACAGCCAAAAGAGAACUGAUAGAGAUCUUUAAGUUGCUAGAGGGAGGGCUUGGUGACAAGCCUUACUUUGGUGGUGACAACUUUGGGUUGGUUGACAUUGCACUUGUCCCAUUUUAUAGCAGGUUUUACACAUUGGAGAAAUUUGGGAAUUUCAGCAUAGAAGCAGAGUGCCCCCUUUUGGUGGCAUGGGCUAAAAGGUGUAUCAAAAAGGAAAGUGUGUCCAACUCUCUUCAAGACCUAGAAAAACUCUAUGAGUUUGCUGUCAAGCUUAAUAAGAUGUUCAGAGUAGAGUAGAGUGGCCUGCCUUUGACAGUAUCUAUAUGUUUAGUCUCCAAUUGGCAUGGUAAUAAAGAAGUUAUAGUUGCACAAUUGAAGUUAUUUUGAUAGCAUUAUUGGCAUGAUAAUCAAGGAGUUCUAUUUGCACAAUUGAAGUUAUUUUGAUAGCAUGCGCUAUAUCGAUGUUUCUAUGAGUCAUAUAACAUGUAAUAACGAUGUUUCUAUGAGUCAUACAACAUGUAAUAAUACAGGAUUCUCUGUCCUCAAAUUUCUAUGUCUCUCUGUCUUAAUACAUUCUCAAUUAUUAAAUCAUAUCUUAAGCUUCACAUAUGCCUCAAUAUUCUUAUAUAAUUCCGUAGUUGGAAGUGCAUCGAGACAAGGGCCGCAUGUAAUAAGUGGACUACAUUUGCUAGUUGUAUAUCAAGUUCAAAUUGACAUUCAUAUAUGCAUUACUGUGCUAAACUGCAUAGCCAUAUACUCGAGGAAAUGAACUACUUGUUCUUUAAUUUUCAUCAGUACAUUUUCUUUGGACCAAAAAAUGAGUAGUAUCUUCAAAGGAAAUAGAAGUAAAAGAGAUGUUUCAUUAGUUCUAGUCUUGUAAUUAUAUUGCAAUUUACAGACUUUUCCAUCACAAACAGAUUGGUGUUCAUAUAAAGUACUUGGCCGGGGGAAGAAACAUUACUUGGCAGUGGGAGAUUCAUUGACCAACCACUUUCACUAACUUUAAGAACAUGUGUAGUUGUUUGUUCAAAGCAUCCACAGUAGAAAUUACAGAAUUAUUCAUCUAUGAGGGCAAUGCAAAAUUUGUAUCUCUGCAUUACUUAGCAAUUAGAUCUUGUUUAACUUCUUCAAAUACUGAACAAGAUCUUCUAAUAUGCUUCAAUAAAAUGAAAGUUGUGUGAAUCAGAUUAUUAAUAUCAAUCAAAUCAAGCAUUUUUUUCAAUUAAAACAACAAAAAGUUUCUUUCUUCAUUUAAGGAGAAGU